GGAACUACUCUGUAUGUAAGCUGGCCUUUUGAAACAGACAAAGUCACCCUUCAACUUCAUCCUUUUUGUCUCCUACGAAAUCACGAAUUGAGUACAACUUAGUAUAUCAAUUCGUAUAUAUUCGGAUUCAAAAUGCAGCUCAAAAGCUUUCUAUUCUCUUUCCUCUUGGUCUUGACCUUUGGGUUUACCUUGUUCACCCAGGCCCAAGCUGCGGACACUCCCCGCGGGCCCAAGAUCACCAACAAGGUUUACUUCGAUAUUGAGCAGGAUGGUAAACCUCUCGGCAGAAUCGUGUUUGGUCUGUACGGAAAGACUGUCCCCAAGACCGCCGAGAACUUCCGUGCCCUUGCUACUGGCGAGAAGGGCUUCGGAUAUGAGGGCUCGGGCUUCCACCGUGUUAUCAAGAACUUCAUGAUCCAGGGUGGUGACUUUACCAAUCACGAUGGCACUGGUGGCAAGUCCAUUUAUGGUCAAAAGUUCCCCGAUGAGAACUUCAAGCUCCGUCACACCAAGAAGGGCCUUCUCAGUAUGGCCAACGCUGGAAAGGAUACCAACGGAUCCCAGUUCUUCAUCACUACUGUCGUCACAAGCUGGCUUGAUGGUCGUCACGUUGUCUUCGGUGAAGUCUUGGAGGGCUACGAGGUCGUGGAGAAAAUCGAGAACACUCCUACCAAGCAGGGCGUUGACCGACCUCUUUCACCGGUCACUAUCGCUAAAAGCGGCGAGCUUCCUAUGGAUGAAGGUAGCAAUGACGCCCAUUCGGAGCUUUAAUCCCUGUGAUUUCAAAGCUUCUUUCUCUUUUUCCCUGUGUUUAAUGCGGUUACUGCGUAGGAGUCGCUGAUUACUUGCCCUUCGAUGACGAUCGCGAAACUGCUGAACUCGCCCCAGAAUCGACGCCAUCACCCAUGUCCCCACAGCAGCUUCUUCAAGGAAUAAGCCAGAAUGGAUCGGUUACAGGCUUCUCCGGUAUGGCAGUUAUCGCUGUGAUUGUGCUUGUUGUCUUGUAUAUGGCGAAGAGAAAGCGAAUCUCUGCCCAAUUAGAUGAGAAACAUUUGCCAUAGAAUAGACUAGGCAUUUUUCUCAUAUACCUAUAUGUGCACUAUUUACGUCUUGUAACGUUGGACCUGGUGACUGGUUCGACUUCCCGCUUUCUAGACUGUGUAUCCAUAGGCAAUGAUCUAUGUAGAUCGAUCACAUGUGGAGAAGAACAGUAUCGUGUGACGACUCUGAGCCUCUUUUGAGCAUCACUCAGGACUAUCAAAUUCUUCAUAUGUACAUAGUAUGUAAAGUCGAGAUCGAUUGUCGAUACGCCUGAGAUAAGCUAAGCUUAUUAAGCUUA